AUGGAGUGUUCCUGGAAAGCAGUUCUUGUAUUAGUGUUUGCUUCCCUGGGAAUCCAGUACACUGCCAUUAAAUCCCUGAGAACUGCCUUUAAUGCACCUUGUCAGGAAAUGGGCGUUGAGAAUCGCUGUCUACAAAGAGAAAUUAAAGAUAACAUUACAAGGAUAAUGUGUGAAGCUGCCAGUAUACAGAAUGGUGUACCACACCUGCACAGCAGCAGAAAACACAUUAUUAUCUUUGCCACCACCAGAAGUGGCUCAUCAUUCCUAGGUCAAUUGUUUAACCAGAACCCAGAUAUAUUCUACCUUUAUGAACCUCUUUAUCAUGUGCAACAGGCCUUCACCAAUUCAAGUGCCAGGAUACAAAAUCAAAUUGACAGAAGGUCUUUGCUUGGAGCCUACAGAGAUCUUCUACGUAAUCUUUUUGACUGUGAUUUCUACUUCUUAGAAAAUUAUAUCCGACCACCACCUAAAGAUCAUCUAGCGAUCACAUUUUUCAGAAGAGGAGCAAGCAACGCUUUAUGUUUACCUCCAUUGUGUGAGAAUUUGCAAAGUCUUGAUGAACAUCUAUGUGCAAAAAAGUGUCGGACAGUAAACUUAACAUUAGCAUCCAAGUCCUGCCACACUUAUAGGCAUAUGGCUAUUAAAACAGUCAGAAUUCCAGAAAUCAAUGACAUAAGAACUCUUGUGGAGGAUCCAAGGUUAAACCUAAAAAUAAUUCAUUUAGCUAGGGAUCCAAGAGGAAUACUAGCUUCAAGGAUCAGCACCUUCAUAGACCAGUAUCGAGCAUGGAAAAUCUGGAAUUCUUCAGGAAGAAAACCACAUAACGUUGAUCUUUCACAGAUAACCACCACGUGCACUGACUUGAGUAAAUCAGUAGACACUGGUUUAAGUAAACCUUCUUGGUUGAAAGGAAAAUAUAUGCUUGUGAGGUAUGAAGAUAUUGCUAAAGAUCCAAUAAAAAAGGCUAAAGAGAUAUAUCAGUUUGUGGGUCUAGAAUGGAAAGGAGCAGUGCACAAAUGGUUACUACAAAACACAAAUGGAACUGUUGCUUCAUUCGGGAACUUUAAAUAUACAACAAGUAGAAACUCUGCAGAAACAGCAGAGCACUGGAGACUCCAUCUUUGCUAUGAUAUAGUUCAUGCUCUGCAAGAUUUAUGCAAUAUUACUUUAUCACAACUCGGUUAUCAAGUGGUAAACUCAGUGUGGCAGUUAAAAAACAUCUCCCAUAGCCUUGUUGAACCUAGGAUAUUUUUGCCAUUUACAUAA